AUGGAAUCUAUGGAGCCUAAGCGUAGUAUCCUGCUACCGAGCAAAGCGGAUAAUGGUGGCGGUGGCGAGAACAUCCGGAUUCUGGAGAGCGAAGUACCAAGUAGGGGCGAGAGAGGACGUACACGGGAAAAGAGGGGCACAACAUCAAACGGGACGUCCCGAACAAGAUCUCGAACGGCCAGUAGGCUGCGCGGUGGGAUGCAGGAGUAUUUGAAAUGGACGGUUCUGAACCACGACCCGUCAGAAAGACUUUCUGUAGGCAGUGGAUAUGGCGGAACAAACUCCAGCGACGACGAGGAAGAUGUGAGCGAUGAGGAACAAGUGAGCGACGUGGAAAACGAGCUGGAUAUCGAUGCGGCUUUAGGCUAUGAUUUAGGUGCCCGAGUGCUCCCGAACUUCGUGUCAAGUUUGUGGGACGUUCUGCAGGCAGAAAAAGCGUGGAUUGCAAAGUAUCUUGCUGAAAUUGAAAGCAGCAGCGAACCGGUUCAAGUGGACGAUCUGGCAAGUGGCUUUGCCAGAGCCAUACAUGUGAUGCAUGGCUCCCAAGCCGACAAGAGCAAGGAUGAUGAGAAGGCAAAAUCGAAAAAGGGUUCGUCGUACGUGCUCUAUUUGGACCUCACCACAGAGUCGUUUUACGCCCUGCUUUACGUUUUCGGAGCCGUUUUGAGCUCAAACGACACACUGUACGUGCUACACAUUACGCCAAAGGUGCCCCACGAUAGAUUGCAAGCGAAUGUGUCCCGACUAAAGGCCCAAAUCGCGUAUGUACUGGACGCUUCAGCGGCGACGUUGGACUCCAUCACUGUCGUGGUCGUUUCCGUUUCACAUCCUUACCCAAAGCAUCUGUUGAACGAAACGGUCUUGGCUGUACAACCUAUGGCACUGUGCGUACCGCUUUCGCUGCUGUUGUCGUCGCUUCAGAAUUACGUUUGUCCCAUUCCAACAGUGGUGAUACGCAGAAAGCUAAAAAGGUCGAAAAAGAAGGGCCUCACUGAGUAG